GGGGGGUGCUUCUUGCGAGUAGCAGGUGCUAAGUUUAAGUCGCUCAACGUAUAGGCCACUAAACCCUUCGUCAGAUGAGUUUGCGGUUCUGGUGCUGGAAUUCGGGCUGAAGUGGCCUUCGCUGCCAAGCUCCCAUUUGUGAGGUGUUUGAAUCAUUUCGUCGCAUGUUCAUAGACUGGGGGAAGCAUGCGGCAGAAAAUUAUAGAGUGAUGCUGUUGGAGGAAAUGCAUGCAAAUGCCAACUGUUGCCAACUGUGCACAAUUUUUCCGAGAAUGGCAGCAUUUGGGUCGAACCUUGUGGACCAUCGCGGCGCUAUGGCGGAGGCUCUGCCAAAUCCGAAGCCAACAGCGCUGUCGGGGCCAGAACUGCUGAAGGAUGCUUCGUGGUUUGAUGCCAAUUGGCCGCUCAUCAGCACGUUGCUUUGCCCGGUGGCUUUCGUCCUUCCCUUCGUGCUUUGCCAAUUGCCUGGCCGAGCUGCCAUUCGCCACCCCUAUGUGCUGGGAUGGCUGACAAUUGCAUUUUACCUAUGUCACCAGACCGAAGAGCAUGGCUACGACCUGCGUGGCUGGCGGUAUGCAUUUGUACCUGAUUUCAACCAUGGCACAGGUGCCUGGUUGUUCAAGGAGUGCGAGAAGAUCGGUCACAGGACUUGCCCAGCGGAUCCACGAAUGGCAACAUACAUCAACGUGGUCACGGUGUGGGGUGGCUUUACAUUUUGCAUGCUGUGUGCACACCACCUUGGCGGGCGGUAUGCCUAUGCGGGAUUUUGCAACUGGGGCAUGAGUGUGAUAAAUGCAUUGACUGGUCAUUUGAUUCCAUGGAUGCUGGUGGGCUACAACCCCGGCGCUUUCCAGAGCAUUUUCAUGUGUCUCUUCGGGAUCUACGCUCUUUCCCGUGUCGGCAAGUUCUUCGCGUGGACUUGCAUUGUUCACGGCCUGGCCUUCCAUGGAGCUACCUAGAUGGUCAGUCCCGCUUUCUAUUUUGCACUGCGAAGUUGUGAAGUCAGUCCCGCUACCUUCCUCCUGUUAUGCCACAACAUCCGCUGAACCAUUGCAGCCACUUCUGGGCUUCUUGGGUGGGUGUUGUUUUGCAAAAGCCAUUGUUGCUAGACUCCGCACGGCGAAGCAACUAGCAGGGUUUGCGGCAGAUUUGCUUGGGCAUAUGCACGAAUUUAGUGCUCAAAGCCCACUGGCCCGUGGAGACCUACGCUGUCCUAUGCUUCAUCUUCUCCACGGCAGUUCCUGCCAACGCACAUCAGCAAAUGUUGGACAAUUUGAUGUCCAUCACCAACUGAAACUAACUUCCAAUGUCGUGCUGUGUCCCCCUGUUUUUAUUGGCAGGUGUCUUUAUGAGAUGUUGAUUCCAUGCUUGUGAUUUGUUGAGGUUCCCCUUGCCGUGGCAAAGCUGUUUGCUCCAGAUGCUCCAAAAGAGUCCUGAAUUGCUGAGAAUUCAAACAAGUUAAGGAUUUGAACAUAUGUGAAUAUAAUAUAUAUAUAUACAAUAUGUAAUAUAAUAUAUAUAUAUAUUGUCAAAACGAGAAUGUGAUGCGUGUCGCAUGUGCAAU